AAUUUUUUAUUGUUCCGAAAUGACAUUUUACCUUUGCGAAAUUAUUAAUACCGAAUAGAAACGAAAUCUACACCUGAUAAGUGACAGUGAGUGUAUAAACGAAACAGACCCGCUAUACUUUCGAUAUGAAUUCAAACUUAACCUAGAUUUGGGAUUUUCGUUUACGGUUCGUGAAGAAGAUAGUGAAAUGUACUAGUUUACUAAUUGAAAAGAAAAGACGCGUUUCAAACAAAAAUUCCUAACCUACAAAAGCUGUUGAAGCUAUUUGUGUUUUAGUGUUAUUAAAACUUGCCAAAGUGAUCUAAUAAAUGGGAAUAUAUCGGUGGUUUUUCGCUGUUAAUAACUAUACAGAACAAAAAAUGUUAUGGGAGAAACACAAAUUUCAGGAAUUAUGACCUUAACGCGCACUCCUUGUGAGCUCGACAAGAUGAGCCUUUUCCAAGAUUUGAAAUUGAAGAGGAGGAAAGUGGAUUCUCGUUGCAGUAGUGACGGCGAAUCUGUCGCCGAUACAAGCACCUCGUCGCCCGAUCUCCUGAGUCCAUCGUCCCCGAAAAUGACCGACGCCGUUCUCAAUCCCCCGAGCCCCGAUUCCACGCCGCUUCAACUCCACCACCCAGAACCGACGCUCGAAAAAGUACCGAACCGACUAGAAGAAUCCGGCGUCUUCGAUGGAGGCGGCGGAGGGACCCCGAGCGUCAUCAAAUCUCUUCCGGUUAUAAGAUCGCACAGUCCGCCGGUACGACCCCAACCGCAAUUCAGUCCCUCGCAACCGCCCCGACCGCACAGUUCGCCAGGUCGUCCGGCAAAUAUCAGCCCCCGCACGAGUCCGGUGAUCAGACACGCCCCGCUAUUUCCGCCGACGGCGGCGUCCGCCCAAGAACCCACGUCGUCGAUUUCGUCUCGAAGCGUCAUCAUCAGUCAACAGCAACCGACUCAAAACCCGCAAUUAUGGUUGAAACAUUCGAGAAUAAACGGCGUCAAACCCGAGCUGAUCGGAGGGACGUUCGGAGUGAAAACCGAAUUAAUCGGGGGUAAUUUCAACGUUAAACCCGAAUUAAUCGGCGGAAAUUACGUCGGCGCGCCCGUGGACGUCAAACCCCCCGGUAGUCCGAUGAGCAGAAGCGGUCCAGUGCGACAAACGCCUACCGUGAUCAUGGGAGAGGCGGGCGGAGUUCGCACGAUGAUCUGGUCGCAGCCUUCGUCGCCCGCAAACGACCCGCAGCUCCAUCCCACCACCUCCAAUUGGCCCCAAGUGAGCAACACCGACGAGAGCGCGGCGCAGCUCCUGCUGAAUCUCGGCCAAGACCGACUGCGCCCCGCCAGUAGAAACGUGGUGUCGUCGCCGUCGCCGACGUCCCAAUUCGCCGGAGGAUCGCCUUUGAACAUGGAGCGAUUGUGGGCCGGCGACGUGCGGCAGUUGCCGAUCGGUCAGCAGACCCAGGCCCUCAAUCUCACCGCGCCCCCGCCGGGGGUUGUGCCCUCGAUGUACGGCCAGAGCGACGUGAAACCCUGUCCGAACGCGGAGGCCGCGCCGGGCGAGCACGCCGAACAACAACAACAACAAGAAGAAGAAGAACAGCCGAUGAUUUGUAUGAUAUGCGAAGACAAAGCGACGGGGUUGCACUACGGAAUAAUCACUUGCGAGGGUUGCAAAGGGUUUUUUAAACGGACCGUACAAAAUAGGAGGGUGUAUACUUGUGUGGCGGACGGGAAUUGUGAAAUAACCAAAGCGCAAAGGAAUAGGUGUCAGUAUUGCAGAUUUAAAAAGUGUAUAGAACAAGGAAUGGUACUACAAGCCGUUAGGGAAGAUCGAAUGCCGGGAGGGCGCAACAGCGGCGCCGUUUACAACCUGUACAAAGUUAAAUAUAAAAAACACAAAAAACCGUCGGCCAAACAACAAACGAAACCGAUCGACAAAAACCUACUCGGCCAUCAAUUCAAAACGGAACCGCCGCCCGGCAUCCCCUCCAAUCUAGUGAACGGCACCAUCUUGAAAACCGCCCUGACCAAUCCCAGCGAAGUGAUCCGUCUGCGGCAGCGGCUGGACAGCGCGGUGUCGUCGUCGCGCGACCGAAAUUUCUCCGUCGAAUAUUCCCUAUCGAUGAUAAAAACACUCAUAGACUGUGAUGAAUUCCAAGACAUCGCCACGUUGCAAAACCUCGACGAACUCCUCGAUCACAAUACGGACUUGAGCGAAAAGUUGUGCAACAUCGGCGAUUCGAUCGUUUACAAAUUGGUGCAAUGGACAAAGAGGUUGCCCUUUUAUCUGGAACUGCCCGUCGAGGUGCACACCAGACUUUUGACGCACAAAUGGCACGAGCUGUUGGUCUUGACCACGUCCGCCUACCAAGCCAUCCACAAAGUCGCCACCGAGCAAAUGGCCACCACCUUCAUCGAACCGGAUUUCUCCCAGGAGGUGGAAUCGAAUUUGUGCACGCUCCAAAAUUGUCUGAUUUCGAUGAUGGGUAGAGAAAUAACGAUCGAGCAGCUGCGCCAGGACGUGGGUCUGAUGAUCGAGAGGAUCACCCACGUAACUUUGAUGUUUAGGCAGAUCAAAUUAACUAUGGAAGAAUAUGUGUGCCUUAAAGUAAUUACGAUGUUGAAUCAAGCGAAACCUGCCAGUAGUUCGGGACCCAGUGAAUUGGAAACGAUCCACGAAAGAUACAUGACUUGCCUGCGCGUUUACACGCAACACAUGUACCCUCAACAGACGACGAGAUUCCAAGACCUUCUAGUUAGACUGCCGGAAGUGAGUUUGAUUUCCGCGGUCCCGCGCUCGAAUUUAACCAAACCUUUGACGUUUCAGAUCCAAUCGGCCGCCUCGCUUCUACUAGAAAGCAAAAUGUUUUACGUUCCUUUCCUUUUGAAUUCGGCGAUUCAAAGGUAGUAUCGAAACGACGCCGGUGCCUCGGCCAGCGGCCCGUCGCCUCCCCCUAGCUGAAUUCCCGAGAUUUAUUUAUGAAGUAGACAAACAAAUUUUUGUAUAUAAUCGAAAUAGUUCGAAUGUAGAGAACCAAAAAACUAAAAAAAAAAAAAAUGAUAUUCUUGUUAUCGGUUAAAAUGAUACCUAAUGAUGAUGUGGUGAAAAGCGUCGAAACGUCGUUUUGAGAUGACUAAUUAAGGUUUAAGCUCAGAGAAUAACAGACUGACAGGAGACGUGUAUUAUACGAAACUCUUUUUUUAUAUAUAUAUACAUAUAUAUAUAUACAAUUUUUUUAUAUUAAAGAAAAUUUUUAUCUGCUGUCCAUUUCGCUGAGCCUAAAUCGGACUCAAGUACAGAUCAAUCGCUUUUAUUUUACGAAUAACUACUCGACCGGACCUCGUAUAUUCGAUUUCCUCCAAAAUUCGCAAAAAAAAUCAUCGAUUUCGUAAAUCGUUGAAAUUUCAGUACAAAAUUUUUUAAUCAAUUUCGAAUCCACCCCGUAUAUAGUUGUUUUACGCUUUAAUAGUGUUUAAUCGUGACAAUAUUUUAUUUAAAAAAAAAAAUAUUUGAAUCAACCUAUGGUAAAUAAUUAUUUUUGAACCACCCUGUAUAUUAAAACUAGUUACAAUUUUGAUGUCUACGGAAAAACGUUUCAAUAGAUCGCAAUAUCAAUUUUGAAUAUUUUCAUAAUAAUAAAAUUUCGUUCGCUAUUGACUGGCCUAUUUUUUAACCAUGGGCGUUCAUAAUUUUUUUACGAAGGGGUUUAUUUAUCAAAAAAAAAUUCAUCAAAUACUAUAAAACGAAUCGUCGUUUUUAUAAUUUCUUUCAAAUCACUCUGUAUAUAAUUUUUAACAUUUCAAGAAUUCUUUUUGAACUAUCCUGUAUAUUAUUCUGUCUAAUAAAAAUAUCAUUAUUUGUUCCAACUGAAAACUUGAAACGUCAAUUAAUUAUUCGGAUUUAUAUUCACUCUAGACUGGCCUAUUUUUUAACCAUAAGCGUUCAUAAUUUUUUUCCGAAGGGGUUUAUUUAUCAAAAAAAAAUUCAUCAAAUACUAUAAAACGAAUCGUCGUUUUUAUAAUUUCUUUCAAAUCACUCUGUAUAUAAUUUUUAACAUUUCAAGAAUUCUUUUUGAACUAUCCUGUAUAUUAUUCUGUUUAAUAAAAAAUUCAUUAUUUGUUCCAACUGAAAACUUGAAACGUCAAUUAUUCGGAUUUAUAUUCACUCUAGACUGGCCUAUUUUUUAACCAUGGGCGUUCAUAAUUUUUUUCCGAAGGGGUUUAUUUAUCAAAAAAAAAUUCAUCAAAUACUAUAAAACGAAUCGUCGUUUUUAUAAUUUCUUUCAAAUCACUCUGUAUAUAAUUUUUAACAUUUCAAGAAUUCUUUUUGAACUAUCCUGUAUAUUAUUCUGUUUAAUAAAAAAUUCAUUAUUUGUUCCAACUGAAAACUUGAAACGUCAAUUAUUCGGAUUUAUAUUCACUCUAGACUGGCCUAUUUUUUAACCAUGGGCGUUCAUAAUUUUUUUCCGAAGGGGUUUAUUUAUCAAAAAAAAAUUCAUCAAAUACUAUAAAACGAAUCGUCGUUUUUAUAAUUUCUUUCAAAUCACUCUGUAUAUAAUUUUUAACAUUUCAAGAAUUCUUUUUGAACUAUCCUGUAUAUUAUUCUGUUUAAUAAAAAAUUCAUUAUUUGUUCCAACUGAAAACUUGAAACGUCAAUUAUUCGGAUUUAUAUUCACUCUAGACUGGCCUAUUUUUUAACCAUGGGCGUUCAUAAUUUUUUUCCGAAGGGGUUUAUUUAUCAAAAAAAAAUUCAUCAAAUACUAUAAAACGAAUCGUCGUUUUUAUAAUUUCUUUCAAAUCACUCUGUAUAUAAUUUUUAACAUUUCAAGAAUUCUUUUUGAACUAUCCUGUAUAUUAUUCUGUCUAAUAAAAAUAUCAUUAUUUGUUCCAACUGAAAACUUGAAACGUCAAUUAAUUAUUCGGAUAUAUAUUCACUCUAGACUGGCCUAUUUUUUAACCUUGGGCGUUCAUAAUUUUUUUUUCGUAGGGGUUUAUUUAUCAAAAAAAAAUUCAUCAAAUACUAUAAAACGAAUCGUCGUUUUUAUAAUUUCUUUCAAAUCACUCUGUAUAUAAUUUUUAACAUUUCAAGAAUUCUUUUUGAACUAUCCUGUAUAUUAUUCUGUCUAAUAAAAAUAUCAUUAUUUGUUCCAACUGAAAACUUGAAACGUCAAUUAAUUAUUCGGAUUUAUAUUCACUCUAGACUGGCCUAUUUUUUAACCAUGGGCGUUCAUAAUUUUUUUUUCGAAGGGGUUUAUUUAUCCAAAAAAAAUUCAUCAGAUGCUAUAAAACGAAUCGUCGUUUUUAUAAUUUCUUUCAAAUCACUCUGUAUAUAAUUUUUAACAUUUCAAGAAUUCUUUUUGAACUAUCCUGUAUAUUAUUCUGUUUAAUAAAAAAUUCAUUAUUUGUUCCAACUGAAAACUUGAAACGUCAAUUAAUUAUUCGGAUUUAUAUUCACUCUAGACUGGCCUAUUUUUUAACCAUGGGCGUUCAUAAUUUUUUUACGAAGGGGUUUAUUUAUCCAAAAAAAAUUCAUCAAAUACUAUAAAACGAAUCGUCGUUUUUAUAAUUUCUUUCAAAUCACUCUGUAUAUAAUUUUUAACAUUUCAAGAAUUCUUUUUGAACUAUCCUGUAUAUUAUUCUGUCUAAUAAAAAUAUCAUUAUUUGUUCCAACUGAAAACUUGAAACGUCAAUUAAUUAUUCGGAUUUAUAUUCACUCUAGACUGGCCUAUUUUUUAACCUUGGGCGUUCAUAAUUUUUUUUUCGUAGGGGUUUAUUUAUCCAAAAAAAAUUCAUCAGAUGCUAUAAAACGAAUCGUCGUUUUUAUAAUUUCUUUCAAAUCACUCUGUAUAUAAUUUUUAACAUUUCAAGAAUUCUUUUUGAACUAUCCUGUAUAUUAUUCUGUUUAAUAAAAAAUUCAUUAUUUGUUCCAACAGA